GCUGUCGCUCACACCGGACCAAACGCAGCGGCGGCACCGACCGAGCGCCAUUCCCCAACUUGUGGCUCCUAACAGUUGAAUUAGCAGCUAGCAAACAAAAGGCAGUGACGCGAUGUGUCCGAGAGUUUGGCGCUCCGUCUCUUGACCGAAUUUAAGCGGACCGUCGGUGUUUCUUCUGCCGGAGUUUGAGCUCCUGUGAACGGAGAUGUCUGUUUUAAUGUCCACCUUUGCCCGCAGUGGCUGGGAGCUGGAGAUGAAGCUGAGCAGGAGGAGAGUGCCUCUGUAUGGCCAGGCGAAGGUAUUCGCACUGCUGGAGGGUUUAGACUCUGUGCCAGAGUACUCCGAGGUCUACGUUGUUCUGGAAGGAUCCACUCUGGUCCAUGUCACCAAGGCUCAGAGUGACGUCAUGCUCUGCUUUAUAGUGCCUGGACACAACCUGGCUGAGGUGGUCUCUGUCCAGGCCUACCUGUGCUCUGAAACCACACCUGUCACCUGGGUGGGCGGGGCUUCACUGGAGUAUGUCCAAGAUGACGCUCAGGACCUCGCAGAACACCUGGUAAUCCACGGGCAUUGCCUGAGCUCCGCGGAUCACAAGGAGCUGAGCAGCCUCUUCAACCUGGGCCAGGAGAGCUCUCGCUGGGCAAUGGAUCGCCGCGUGGCCCUGGCCAUGGCCAAUCUGGAUAUCCCCCGAAGCUGGAACGUGCUUGGGAGCCACGGAGGAGACGAGCCCACUCUCAGGGAGUCUCCCCUCCACCUGGCUGUGCGGUGGGGUCUGUGUCGGCUGGCAGAGCUACUGCUUUGUCAGCCGGGGGGUCUGAUGGCUGUCAGUCUGCCAAACGAAGAGGGAGUCACACCGCUGCAGCUGGCACGGACGGCGGCCAACACCGAGCUCCUGGAGCUUCUCACACACCCACCCAACCCUUUAGCCACGCCUCCAGCAGGUCUGUCCCAGGUGUGGGCGGACCGGUCCCGCUUGCUGAGGUUCUGCCACGAUACGGGGAACCUGACUCUGACUGUCCGACAGAACCUGCGGUGGAGCUCAGAGGUGAGCCGGCACGCUGACAUCCUUCUUCUCAGGGACCGGCUCAGGGAUGAGGACUUCCUCAGAGAGAUCAAAGCUCUAAGGAGGGAACGCGUGGAGACCAUCUUAGGGAAGGAAGAGCUGGUGGAUGAUCCCACAGAAAACGCACUGUAUUCUGAUAUCAAUGGAGCUGCUGUCGAGGAAAUUGACUGCGAGGAGCCGCGGAUGUUUUGCCUGAACGAAGAGGACGAGGAGGAGGACGACCCAUCGCAGUUUGACUCUGAGAAAAGCCAGUCCAUAAGAGAGAGCCAGGCCGCGUCCCCGACUCUGGCUGCCGCUGCCAGACUGUCAGCGAUGAUACACGGCAAAGACAGAGUGUACGCUAACGCCAUGCUGGUGGACCAGGUGGACGACGCUGAUAUAAAAUACCGUUCUCCAGAGGAGGAGGAGGUGAGCCCUGAGCCCCGUCUUGGCAGCCCAUGCUGGGACUCCUUCUCCACGACUCCCCCUGCCUUGGGGAACUGUUCCCAGAACCGUCUCCCGUCCUCACCCCGCGGCAGGGAGAGGGGGAUCCGAGAACCCCAAGGCCCAGAGAAUGGCAAGGAGCCGUCCCCUCGCACGUCUCCCCCCUCUCCCUUCGCGUCCUCCCCGUCUUUUCCUUCCUCCCCCCUGGCUUCCGCCUUCCGCUUGUUCGAGGGAGCACAGAGGCGUCUGACACAACCGUGCCUGCCAGUUUCUCCUGCUUUGGACCACAGAGGACGCAGCUUGACCGAGGCGAGCCGGGGCCUGAGUCCUAGUCUCGAGUGUGACAGUGGAGAGGAAGACAUCCUGGGACACACUUACCCCCGCUCGUCUGCGAAGAAGCAGUCCAUCCUGCGAUCCAGCUCAGGGGAGGAGAGGGACUCUUUCGACGCGUCUCCAGACUUUAACCGCACGCACUCUGACAGCACGGACACGCCCGCCAAGAACCCGGAGGAAGCCGAGGUUCGCCUGCGCUCCUACUCCUAUUCCUCCCCCAAAGCGAAGCCGUCGUGGCCUCUGCUGAACCGAGAAGCCACCAUCACCGACCCAGCAGAAGAUGAUGCGUUCAGCAGCGGUCGCUCUCUGCUCCAAGCUUUAUCUCUCUCUAAAUCCCUCUCUCGUCUCAACCAAGUUAAGCAGAGAGCAUUCAGCCUGACUGAGAGUACCAGAGAAAAGAGGGUUUUGGGUUUCCGUAAGCGGGCCCAGUCAGCGGAGGAGGAGAGCGGCGCAUCGCUCCAACACCUCACCCUCACAGAGUUCCUCAAAGAGAUCGAGGACGAGGAGUGGGACAAGUACAUAAUCCCGUCGAAGGUCGAGUCGGAGAAGUACAAAGUCAGCCGGACCUUCAGCUUCCUCAAGAGCAGGAUGUCCAGCACUCGGAACAAGACAAAGGUGAAGGGGAAAGAGGUGAAGGAGGGAAAGGAGAAGACAGGAGCCUCUAACGGACACCAGUUUGUCCCCACGUCUCCAUCCGGUCCCGCUCUCUGUGUGGCCUGCGACAAGUCUGUUUCUGGGAAGGAGCUGCUGCAGUGCUCCAGCUGUUUCCUGAAUGUCCAUAAAAGCUGUCGAGAGUCUGUGGCAGCCUGUGGGAAGAAGCCGCAGGAGAGGAAUGCGUUGCUGAUGAAAAGCAAGACCUUGUCUCUCCCACACAUGAAAGACAACUCUCCGGCCUCCAUUUUCUCCUCCUCGUCUACACUUCCCACGACGACCAGGGAGAAGAGAGAAACAAUCCCCCCUUUCUCCAAAAGCCUCUCAAUCUCUAUAGACAGCAGACGGCUGAGUGACACAGCGGGGGCCGACAGUGAGUUCGGCGUGACAGCUUGCACCAACAGCUCGUUGUCUGAUGAGGGAACGCCGGUCACAGCGACUCCCCCAUCCGCCGAGCAGCCAAUCACCACACAGGACGCCGUCAACGCUCCUCUCAUGAGCGGCCUGUCAGCUGACCUGCUGGGACUCGAGGUGGAGUCGUGGAGUCUGGUGGUCAGCCCGGAGUUCUGCAGGCAGCAUGACAGGCACACCAUUAAACGGCAGGAAGUCAUCUACGAGCUGAUGCAGACGGAGCUGCACCACAUUCAAACCCUGACGGUCAUGUCUGGGGUGUUCCGGAGAGGCAUGCUGGAGGAGCUGCAGCUCGACUGGGACUGCGUUGCCCGGAUCUUCCCCUGCCUGGACCCCCUGCUGCUCUUUCACAAAAACCUUUUUGGAGCGCUGCUGGAGCGCCGACAGGCCGCGGCCCAACCCGAGAACCCCCGAAAUUACCUCAUUCAUCGGAUCGGAGACAUUCUGCUCCAGCAGUUCUCAGAUGAAUAUGCCGAGAAGAUGAAGCAGGUGUACGGAGAGUUCUGCAGCCAUCACACCGAGGCUGUCAAUGUCUUUAAAGAGCUGCAGCAACAGAACAAAAAACUACAAAACUUUGUCAAACAACAGAGUAAUAACACUCUGGUGAGACGGAGGGAGGUGCCAGAGUUCAUCCUGCUGGUCACUCAGCGCAUCACCAAGUACCCAGUGCUGCUGGAGAGGAUAUUACAUUACACUCUGGAGGGAAGUCAGGAACACUCUGACCUGUCGAGGGCCCUCGCCCAGAUACGAGACGUCAUCGCUGCGGUUGACCUGACUGUGAACAGGUACGAGAGGUGUCAGGAGUUGCAGGAAGUGCUGGCCCGGCUGGAGAACAAGAGCUUCGCCAAGCUAAAGAACGACAAGGUGUUUCGCAAACAGGACUUGCACAGCAAGCACAGGGAUCUUCAGUAUAAAGGGCUGGUCUACUGGAAGACCGCCACGGGACGUCUGAAAGAUACUCUGGCUCUCUUGCUCACAGACGUUCUGGUUUUUCUACAAGAGAAAGAUCAACGCUUUGUAUUUGCUGCCGUGGACCAGAAGCCCCCCGUAAUCCCUCUGCAGAAGCUCAUCGUUCGAGAAGUAGCCAACGAGGAGAGAGGGAUGUUCCUCAUCUCCGCCUCCUCAGUGGGACCGGAGAUGUACGAAGUCCACACCACCACUAGAGACGAGAGGAACGCGUGGAUGAGACACAUACGACAAGCUGUGGAGAGUUGUCCUGAGGAAGAGGAGGAGGAGGAACGCAUUGCAGAGACAGAGGAGGCUAGACGAGUGGCAGAAGUGAGAGUUCAGAAGAUCGCCAAGUUCCAAGAGACGUUGUCGGCUCAGGACCAGCAAAUCUGCAACAGCCUGGAGGAGAAGUUACAGCUCUAUGCUGAGCUCACAGAGUUAACCCUCCGCUCGCCAGAGCCAGUACCACUACGCCAUCUGCUGGUACAACCGGACAACGACGCUGAGACACCGCGACAGGCCUCGUCACUGCUCACAGCUGCACUCAGAGAAGCGGAGAACCUGAUCACCAUUCUGCAGAGUCGUGAUGGCCUCAACGUAAAGGGUACGAGCUCUCCGGUCCGAGGACCAGAGUGCUGCAGCUACAACAGCCACGGCAGCAGCAUUCAGGAGUCUCCCUCUGAGCCGGACUAUCUGAGCACGCUCAGCAUGAGCUCCACCUCUCCAGGAUCGGACAGCGAGCUGACGGGGCUGGACGCCGCUUUGUGGAGCCCGGCUCUGGAGCUGAGAAGAGGAGACGCCAAAGGGACGCUGUUGAAGGUGGCAGAGAGCGUUCAGAGUCUGACUCAGCUCCUCUACAGUCUGCAGGCUGCCGUGACCCUCCAGGACAGCUGCUAUGAAGUCCAGAAACUCCUCCUCCAGGAGGGAGAAAGACCUCAGCUCCGAACCCUCACGUCCCUCCAAAACAGUCUGGAGCAGGAGAAGCAGAGGAGCGUUGAGAAGAAGAAAGAUGAAGUAGAGAAGAAGGGUUUAGAGAGGAAGAAAGAGGAGGUGGAUGAGGUGAAGAAACUCCACGUGAAGCUGAAGCAGGUGCAGCAACGUUGGGACAAAGAGGUUCUGGCCAGAGAGAAACAACAGUGUGAGCAGGAGAGCGUGCUGGAGCAGCGGGAGCAGCAGUGCCUCAUGGAAGCAGAGCGUCUGCGCUGCGAGCGGGAGGAGCUGGAGGCUCAGCUGCUGGAGUACCAGCACAACCUGGACCGUCUGAGGGAGGGCCAGAGGAGCGUGGAGAGGGAGAAGGAGAAGAUCGAAACCCAGCAGAGGCUGCUGCAGCGCUGGAAACACCACCGCCAGAGCAGCCUGCCCGUGACGAUACCACUGGAUGGAUAUAAGGUGUCCAGCCACAGCCGCUCAGGCAGCCUCGACGGUAACUGUUCGCAGUACGAGAACGAAGCCGUCCUUCUUGCCUCCCUCCAGCAGAACCACCUCCACCGGCCAGCCAGCAACAACCAGCACCAGCACCAGUGUCUGCUCUCCGCCGCGCCUACAAAGAACCACGACAGCCCGCUGCUCAGCUCCAGCUACCCCGCCAACCUCGGCCUCAGCGCCAGCCUCUACAACAGCCUCAACACCCUGCUGAGCCAGGCGCACGGCAAACAGACUCCGGAUGGUCGGACGUAUCCAAACCCCAUCCAGCCCUUCAGCAGCAGGGUCAGCGCACAGCCGCACGGGACCAACAGCACAGACUUCAGCCCGCCGUUUGACAGGCGCUCCCCGGGUCCCUGGAGGUCAGAGGUCACCGGUGACAGACUCUACGAGGACAGCUACUCCUCGUCUCCCUCUCUCACCCCCCUCCUUCCCACGCAGGCCUACCUCUCUCUCCAAGGACAGAACGGGGAGGAGGGAGGCGAGGAGAACAUUGUUUAUCUCUAAGGGCCUCCAGAAAGGAACAAGUGGUGCAAGACAUCCAACCGGACCGAAAAAACUAAACAUUUGUUGCUUGUGUGCGUUCGUGUACAUGUGUGUGUUUGUUACUCAAAUAAGUGAACAGGAAGGAAGUAUACACACAUAUAUAAAUGUCCGUUUUUUCAGUGUAUGUGUCGGCCCUUAAUCUUUCUCUUCCUGCCUCCUGAAACCGUUGUGCCUUUUUUCGAACAGAUUCUUUGUAAAUCAGCUUUGAUACACGUUUUUUUUUUGAUUCUUUUAAGUAUCUUUGCACUUGUUUGAUGGCAGAGGUGCACCGGGACCUAAAGCACCAGGAUUAUCAGGACAGAAGUAUUUUUUCCAUGAGCACUUAAAAAGAAAAUGGAGAUAUUUGAGAAGCCCAUUGAGCCCUCUCCCUAACUAUGUAUAGAGUGCUGUUAUCUCUCCAUGUGAUCUUAAAUAAUAUUUAUAAGGGAUUGCGAGCAUCUAAAAGAAAUUAAAAGUAUACUGACAAUAUAUGUAUAGUUUUAUGGAAAGGCUACCUAUGCACACUGUGUUGGAAGAGGAACUUAUAUUCCUAUUCCUAUUAUUAUUAUUAUUUCACUCACUUAAGUGCCAAAAAUCUUGCUAUCCGAUACUGUAAUUAAUUUGUGUAAAAUAAUGGCUGUUUGUUUUCUGUUCAUCUCCUUUUCUGAUAAUUUAUUGUGUAAAUUGCUUCACCCACUGUCGACAUUUAUCAUAUUUUUGUUGUAAUUCCUGUAAUCAGAAAUGCCCCAUAUUAAUAUUGUGCUAUCUAUAAAAACUAU